AUGUCAAAGCGAAAGUCGGAAGACGCCGCCGCGAGCGCCAAAGCAAAGGCGCCGCGGUUUCUGACUCCAGAGACAGUCGAGGACUCGGACAGUGACAAUGAAGGCGAUGGCUCGCGCACAAUGAGCUUUGCCGCACCGUCAGGGUAUGCACACAACCCCAGCAUUGCCGGAACCAUCAAGGGCAACUUUAACGUGUCUGGCGACAAGGAGCUGUGGCUUAUUCGCGUCCCUCGCACUUUUAAAGCAAAAAACCUCGACGGUGCUUCCAUCAAGCUCCGAGACGACACAAUCUUCACUGGCGCAGAAACCAAGGAGCGGUUUCAGGUUUCCAGCGUGAACAAAAACCAUCUUGUUGCCCUGACGCGCAACCCAAACCACCCUGCCAUGAAGGAAUUCUCGAAUCUGAUUGCAGUCACGUCUACCGACGGCAAGCUUGGAUUUGGUGGCCACUUUGAGGAAGAGAUUGUUAUUUCGGCCGCGCUCGAUGCACUGCCGGCCGCAGCACCGGCCAUGUACAAGCCGCGCGUGGUAAAACAGCUGCCUGGUCUUCGCCAACGAAUUACCGCCUUUGGCGCAGGGUUUGCGGCUCCUGAGGACGCGGCAACUGCUGCGAACGACGAUGCAGCAGCCGACGAGGCCGAGAGCACACCCGUGGCCAUGGACACAACGUCCAAGAAGGACAAGAAGGACAAGAAGGACAAGAAGGACAAGAAAGACAAGAAGGACAAGAAGGACAAUAGUGCGCGCAUCUCUGUCGCUUUGUGCAAUCCGCCGCCGCCGCCGCUGAUGCUGCUUCGUCCGACUCUGACUGCUGCUGCUCCAGUCGCAGUCGCGUGGCGCACUCACCAUCGUCACAGUCACAGUCACUCUGACAGUCACAGUCGCCGGCUGCACUCAUCUGCUGCUCCAUUCUCAUCACUACUGAGCUCGUCGUCGUCGUCGUCAUCGUCAUUGCUGGGCGGCCGUCGACUCCGCUCUGAAGCUGAAGCCGCUCCGUCUGUCUCAAGCAGCAGAUGGCCGCAAUGCACUUCCAGCAAGACCACCACUCCAAGGCUCAGCAUCAUCGGCUUCAUCAAGCAUGCAGAGUGA